AAACUCCCGACUCUCCGGACACCCAGGGGCCAUCGGCAAGGCAUGGGUUCGGUGGAGGAGAUCAGCGAGGCGGUCGGGCACGCCUUCUGGGACACGCAGCCAGUGCCGUCGCUGAAUGCAGAGGAGGAGGACGCCUGCGGCCCCAUCAACCCGGCAGACCCGGAGAAGGUGCGUGCGGAGCCGUACAACCUGCCGCCCGCCUUCGAGUGGACGGACCUCGACCUGUCCGACGCGGAGCAGGCCAAGGAGCUCUACACGCUACUGCACGAAAACUACGUCGAGGAUGGCGACGCCAUGUUCCGCUUUGACUACUCGCUCGACUUUAUCCGCUGGGCGAUGCAGCCGCCCGGCGCGCUCGACUACUGGCAUGUGGGCGUGCGGGUGUCGCAGACGAAGAAGCUGGUCGCCUUCAUCGGCGCCACCCCGGCCGACCUCCUCUGCCACGGCCAGCGGGUCGAGCCGCGCCCUCCGCCGGCCGCCGACAAGGCGGAGGAGGGCGAGGGCGGCGCCGGCGCGAGCGGCGUCAACAUUGAGGAGAAGCUGUCGGGCCUCGACCUGGACGGCGGCGCAACGGGCUCGGCUGCGAGCAGCGGCGGCGGCGCGGCCGAGCUCGGCGACCAGGCGGUGGUCGAGGUGAACUUCCUCUGCGUGCACAAGAAGCUGCGCUCGAAGCGGCUCGCUCCGGUGACGGACAUGUUCUCCUUCUACUCGCUCCCCUCGUCGGUGCUCAAGCACGAGAAGCACACCAAGCUGCACGCGGCCUACUGCUACUACUACUUCGCGAACAAGACGCCGGCGCUCGUCCUCGCGAAGAGGCACGAGUUUGACGUCUUCAACGCGCUCGACAUCCUCGACAACGACAGCCUGCUCAAGGAGCUCAAGUUCGGCAUCGGAGAUGGGCACCUGCAGUACUACCUGUACAACUGGAGGUGCCCCACGGUCGUGGCCAACGAGAUUGGCCUCGUCCUCCUCUGAGGCUCCUACCGCGUGCACACGCCGCACGGAGUAGCGGCCGCUUCUCCACACCCGCCGUGGCGCCCGCCCUGCGUCCCGGCUGCGUGCGAUCGGCGUUUGCGUCUUUUACGACCCGCGCCCUGAGGCAACGGGGCGCUCGCUCGACCCCUGGUGGCGGCAGGAGCAGUUUAAGCUCCUGGAUGUGCGGUCCAUCGUCAGCCUGUCGUCAGCGUUCUCUGCAACACGAUCUCUCUGGGGCGAUACGGCUGCGACGCGGGAGUCGGGGACACUCACAACUCAGACUGGCCUCACAGUAGCGCUUUUCUGUUUUGGUCAGACCGCUCUGUUCCCGUAUGAAAGAUGUUUUUAAUCACGAUAAUGCACAGGACG